CUCGCAUGUCAACGAUUUGAUGUAUUUCUGUAUCAAAAAACAUUCAACCACAGAUAUUGCAGAAUCCUCGCAUUUCAAAAUCUAAAAUCCAUUCAACAAGUUUGGGAAUUGGGACACCCCUAAUUCUUAGUACAAUGCACCUUAUUCUUUUUCGUUAUUGACUCACCCUACGGCCAUUCGUUAUUUCAUUCUCUGAAUCUUCCGCCUUCAUUUGCGUCACAAAGAUUCAACUUCCUUCUAGUUCGAGCUGUCAUCCCAAGUUAUGGGAGAAACUGAUAAGAGAGCUAAAUCUGUUCCUUAAUGAGUCUAUCGACAUCGUCAAUAGGAUUUCUACGUCCGCUGCAUCUCGGAGUCCGUAGAUCGUUGAGAAGCAGUUUGCGUUCCCCAACCUUGCGGAUUCUAGCGUUUCCAUUGAGGUUUUAGGUCACAUGCCGGUUUCUGUAAUAUGGAGAGUUCCUAUGCCGCCAAUAUGUACUACUUUUUCUUUGAACCAAACGCAAGCAAGAAUGACCCUGUUGUCUCCUGGUUAACUGGACGGUCAAGAUGCAGUAGCAAGCUGACUCUUUUCUAUGAGAAUGGUGGGCCUUUGAAGAUUGCAAAUAAUUUGUCACUUGUAUGGAAUGAUUAUGGCUGGGAUAAGCCUUAAUUGCAUCACUCUGAGAACACAUUGGUUGAGAGACCAUCUUGGGUUGCGAAGGGUAAUGAGUUUUAUAAGAACUGGAAUGGUGAUAAAUACUGAUGUUCCCAAUCCAAAGGAGGAGCGACAAGUGGAAGGAUCCAAUUCUGAGACAGAAACUCACAAGGAGGAUUCAGAAAAUGUUGCAAAUGUGCCUCCUGUAUUUAUUAAUUAUGGUGCCCAAGCUUGGGAAGAGAGCCGCAGACAAUGGGUCGGGUACACUUCACAGAAGCCAAAGAAGAAAGCAAAAAACCCAAUCUUGCCUUGGUGGUCACUGAGAUAUGAGGACGUGCUGUUAACUUCUAGGCCUUUCCCGAAGCCAAUCCCUUUAUAUGAGAUGGUGGACUUUUUAGUUGACGAUUGGUGGUCUAAAUGGAUUUCCGACUAAGAGAAAUGGUGGGGUUGAAGAGGUGCAGUGAACAGCCAGGAUAGCAGUGAAAUUGCUGUUGGUUAAUAACGUAGCAGCCAUUUAACCCCAGCAAGUUUAGAUAAGCAUGGACUUAUUUUAUUACUGUUUGAGAUAAGAUUGUUUUGUUUAGUUGUUUGUUUAUUGGUCAUCACCCAUCUUUGUUAUAAUGUUGUGUUGUACUACCAUUUGUCUGGCUGAAAUAAAUAAACAUUUAGCUAAAACUUGUCUAUAGGCAAAACAACUACCACUGCUAAACUUGACUGUGAGUGUCUCGUUGUACAGUGAAACCCCAACUGUAGGACCUGGUUGUAUCAAAGGUUUAGAAGUGCAAUUGUGCCAGCUCCAA